ACUUUACACUUGUUAUAAAUACGAAACUAAAUUUUACAGCUCUGAAUUUUCAAAGAUGUCUAGGAGAUAUGAUUCUAGAACAACAAUUUUUUCCCCAGAAGGGAGGUUGUACCAAGUGGAGUAUGCCAUGGAAGCAAUAGGACAUGCUGGAACUUGUUUAGGAAUUUUAGCCAGUGAUGGAGUGGUUUUAGCUGCAGAGAGAAGGAAUACAAACAAAUUGUUGGAUGAAGUCUCAUAUUCAGAAAAAAUCUAUAAUCUCAAUGAUGAUAUGGCCUGUAGUGUAGCAGGAAUAACAUCAGAUGCUAAUGUAUUGACCAAUGAACUACGACUUAUAGCACAGAGAUAUUUAUUACAGUACCAAGAACCCAUACCAUGUGAACAGCUUGUUAGUACAUUAUGUGAUAUCAAACAGGCUUAUACACAGUUUGGAGGUAAACGACCAUUCGGUGUAUCAUUACUGUAUGUAGGAUGGGACAAACAUUAUGGAUUCCAGUUAUAUCAGAGUGAUCCCAGUGGUAAUUAUGGAGGAUGGAAAGCUACAUGUAUAGGAAAUAACAGUGCUAAUGCUGUAUCAAUGUUGAAACAAGAAUACAAAGAAGGAGAAGUUAAACUAAAAGAUGCCCUGAAUUUAGCUAUUAAAAUUCUGAGUAAAACUUUAGAUAUGACUAAACUGACAGCUGAGAAAGUUGAAAUAGCCACAUUGACUAGAGUGAACAACAAAACACAGAUAACAAUCUUACCUGCUGCACAGGUAGAAGAUUUAAUUAAAAUACAUGAAGCUGAGGAAGCAAAGAUAGAGGCAGAGAAAAAGAAAGAGAAGUCAUAGUCACAUUAUACAUCUGAAAUAGAAAAUGAACAUAAGAAGAUGUUUUAGUGACCUUAUAAGUGCUAUUGGACUUUAACAUUUGUUUAUUUACUACAUGAAUGUGCAUAAAUAUUACAUUAAAAUUUGUUUUGUAAA